AUGGCACUCGAGAGAGUCGCCCGACCACUGUACGUGGUGGCCACGACCAUCACUCUGCUGUUUGUCUUUGCAUCUUUUCUCCUCCAUUACAACUCCAACGCGCACCUCAAGCCUUCAAGUCUACGCAAAACAGCUCUUCGCGUGAUUAUCGUCCAGUGCAUAUCGGCUUCUUACAUCUCUGAAGUGAUCAUUAUCUCCCGACAGCAUCAUGGACUUGAUCCAACUCCCGGCCAUAACUUCGCAGCAGUCGCCACUGCGUUCGCAUGGGCUACGACCUGCCUCCGUAAGCACAUCCUCGUCGCAGAAGCUACUGGUCUCAGCGUAAUCGCCCUCCUCUUUGGCAUUCCUGGCCUGGUUCUUGAUGCCAUUCACCUGGAUCGCCCAGCAGUGUACCAAACCCUGAUCGUCCUGUAUUCCAUCCGACUACUCUUUGUUAGCGGCGUGCUUGCGAACUGUCUACUCCACACCCGUUCACAAAGAAAUCCCCUCAAGAGCGAGGAAGAUGAGGAUAUAAUACCGUGUCUGGACGAAGCCAAUGGCCAUUCCGCACACAGUCCGAUCUCCUACGGCACCACACGGACAGAUGGCAUCAAAUCUUCCUGCACAUACAUCCAGAACUUCCAGGUCUUCCUCCCGUUCCUGAUUCCUCGGAAGGAUCGCAAGGUGCAGGCCUGCCUCCUCGUCUGCGUUCUCUGCCUCAUCGCCGACCGCGUGCUGAACGUCCUGGUGCCCCGCCAACUGGGCAUUGUCGCGGACAAGCUCUUCGCCCGGGAGUCGCCGUCCACGGAGCUGGGCAUUUACAUCGCGCUCAACCUCCUGCACGGCCAGUCGGGCGUGGAGAUGAUCCUCUCCCUCGCGAAGAUCCCGAUCAAGCAGUUCUCCUACCGCCAGCUAACAACCACGGCGUUCAGCCACGUCAUGGACCUGGGCAUGGACUUCCACUCGGAUCGCGACUCAGCCGAGGUGAUGAAAGCGAUGGAGCAAGGCGAGGCGCUGACCAACCUCCUCGAGGUGGCGCUGCUCGAGAUCGCGCCCGCCAUCCUCGACACAGGCGUGGCCUUCGUCUUCCUGUACCGCAAGUUCACCUCCACAGCGGCGCUGAGCAUGCUCAUCGCGACGCUGGCCUUCACGGCCGUCGAAGUCAUCAACGCCGACUGGAACGUAGCCAACCGGCGGCGACAGACCCGCGCCGAGCGCGCCGAGGCGCGCGUCCUGCACCAGGCCAUCCAGGACUGGCCGACGGUCUUCAUCUUCAACAUGUUCCAGCACGAGCGGGCGCGCUUCGGGGCCGCCGUCGACCGGCAUCUGCAGGCCACGCGCGCCUGGUCGCAGCGCGACGGCUACACGACCGCGCUGACGGAGGCCUUCUUCCCGGCCACCUUCGCCCUGCUAGCCACCCUCGUCGCGCGCGAGGUCCAGGCCGGCCGCGCCUCGCCCGGCGACUUCGUGUUCCUGGUCCAGUACUGGGACUCCCUGGUCUGGCCCAUCAAGUACCUCUCCAAGGACUACCGGUGGCUCGUCGCGGAGCUCGUCGGCGCCGAGCGGCUCCUCGACCUCCUCCGCACCCAGCCCACCGUCACCGACGCGCCGGACGCCCUCGCCCUCGACCCGUCGACAGUCGAAGGCCGCAUCGAGUUCAAAAACGUCACCUUCUCCUACGCCACCGACAGACACCACCACCUCCCAACCCUGCAGGACAUCACCCUCACCGCCUCCCCGGGCCAAACCAUAGCCCUAGUAGGCGCAACCGGCGCCGGCAAAUCCAGCCUCACGCAGCUCCUCCUGCGCGCCUACGACCUGCCCCAAACACCCGCAGGCGGAACCAUGACCCUCGACACCCACGACAUCCGCACCCUCACGCAAUCCUCUCUCCGGCAAACCAUAGGCGUCGUCCCCCAGAAUCCUCUACUGUUCAACACCUCCAUCCUCGACAACCUCCGGUACGCGCGGCCAUCCGCCAGCAUUCCGGAAAUCCACGCCGCGUGUCGCAGCGCCGCCAUCCACGAGAAGAUCCUCUCGUUCCCGAAGGGCUAUGCCACCGAAGUCGGGGAGCAGGGGGUCAAGCUGUCCGGCGGGGAGGUACAGCGGCUGGCGAUCGCGAGGGUGCUCCUGAAGGAUCCGGCCGUGUUGGUGCUGGAUGAGGCGACGAGUGCGGUGGAUACUGGAUCAGGCGACGAGUGUGGUGGAUACGGAGACGGAGUGGGUGGUGCAGCGGGCUUUGUUUGGGUCACAUACUUCGGGGGACAGUAG